AAUUGAAUUCCUGGAUCUUCGCCGUUCUCCGCGUCAACAAGACCCGGAAAGCUAACUCUGCUCUCAAUUGAAAAAAAAAAGAAAACAAAAAUCACCGAAGUUGGCAGCACGAGUAAUCGAGCGUCAAAACAGGUUUGGGGAAGGCAGUGGUAGUAAUACACAGCUAGCCUUACUGUUAGGACCGCUUCGUGUUUACCUUUGGACAAGUCACACACUUGCCUAUUCUGGAUUUAAAAAAAAAUCUUUAAAAUAUCAAGGUAUUGUGAUAGUAGACCUCUAGAUCUGGUGAUACUGAUAUAAAAGCAUGGCUUCGGUACUAAUUCCAUUGGAUUCCAGUAAAAACAGUGAAUUUUGUAUGGAAUUCUAUCUCAACCACAUCCACAGACCUGGCAACAAGGUGUUUACCUGUUACGUGGCAGACUAUUUUGGCGAUGUGGGAGUCCUGGACGGCCCCACACCAGGCAGGAUUCAUGAGCUGGAAGAGAAAGACCGCCAAAAGGCAGCAGAAAUAGAAGCAUCAACAUUACAACUUUUGAAGAGCAGAAAUAUCGAUGGAACCUUCACCAGACUUCAAGGGAGAGAAGCGUGGCACGUCAUCGUGGAAUACGCCAAGAAGAUCAACGCGACCUUAAUCGUGAUGGGCUCACGUGGACUGGGCAAGCUUCGGCGCACCAUCCUGGGCAGCGUGAGUGAGAGCGUCCUUCACCACUCGGAGGUGCCGGUGCUGAUCUGUAAACAUCCCCACCACAGUCACCAACAUCACUGACCUUGACAACGCUGUUGUUGUAGAUCUUUAGUAAUGUGUCCCGCUAUGUCUUGUCAUUAUUGGUUAUCAUCACCAUUAGUUCUUUGGCUACACUUUAGUUGAUUGUAAAUAUUUAAUUUACACCCUAAUGGUAUUAUUUGUUCGUUAGCUACAUAAUAUUAAACAUAUAAUUUGAGAAUCACUGAUCUAAAUAAAUCAUACGAAAGAGUUUUGUUGUUUCUUUAUCAGAAUCUCUUAAUCAGAACAAAUAGUAUCCUGCAUUUAUACACUAUCUAUAUUCAAUUUUUGCAUUUUGUGUUUAAUAUAUAUUUAUAUAUUUGUUACAUUGUUUUAAAAAAUUAAAUUCUAAUAAAGGGACAUAACAAGAUGUUAUUUGAGCAUUGAACAAUGAUGAGUACAAUUCCAGUUACCCCCCUUGUUUAUCUUUUUCAUUAAUACAGAUAAAGUACAUAUCAUAUUAAAUUAUUUUAAAAUGAUCA